CACAAAUAACCUCUUUUUUUUCCUUCUGAAAAAGAAAACAACAAAACCCUUAACUCCCCACAUCUCUCAGUUCGUCCCUUUCCCAUCCAUCUAUCCCUUCCUUCCUUACCACCGUGGUUUUGAUAUUUCUUUCACAUAUACCACCAACAAUACCACCACCAGUCCACCAUUACUGCUAUUCCUCUCUCUCUCUCUCUCUCUCUCUCCCUGAUAAGAAGAAAAGUUAGUAGGGAGAGUUGGGGGUUGCCAAUUCUAUAUAUGUGCACGGUGUCUUAGACAGAACCCCAUUUAGCAACCAGAGCAAAGAGGGCUAAGAAAAAAGGAAACAAGUGAAACCCAGAAAGAGAGAGCUAGCCAGGAAAGAAAACACAGAAACAGAAACCCAUUUUAGUGAUAAGAGUUCCUCCUUCUCUUUCAUUCUGUUUCUGUGUAUGUGUAGGUAGAGAGAGAGAGCUGUGGUAGCUGCUGCCAUGCCAUAGAAAGGGGAGGGUAAAACACACUACUUUUACUCCUACUACUAAAUUAGAUUGGGGUUUCAGGUGUUUGGGGGUUCUGUUUUUUUGUGGGUUUGUUGAGGUCUGGCUGUUUGGGUUAUUUUGAGCAAAAUUCAUCUACCCACCUGGGAAAAUUUAUAAUAGUAUUUUGAGUCCAAGAAUAAUAGCGCAAAAUAUAAAAAAUGGGUCGGGGGAGAGUGCAGCUGAAGAGGAUAGAGAACAAGAUCAACAGGCAGGUGACUUUCUCAAAGAGGAGAGCUGGUCUGCUGAAGAAAGCCCACGAGAUCUCUGUUCUCUGCGAUGCUGAGGUCGCCCUCAUCGUCUUCUCCCACAAAGGGAAGCUCUUCGAAUACGCCACCGACUCCUCCAUGGAGAAAAUACUAGAGCGCUAUGAGAGGUAUUCUUACGCUGAGAGGCAGCUUGUAGGUGCAGCUACUGAACUUGACACACAGGGGAACUGGGUUGUGGAGUACAACAGGCUCAAGGCCAAGAUUGAGCUUCUGCAGAGGAACCACAGGCACUAUAUGGGGGAGGAGCUGGACACCAUGAGCACCAAAGAGCUGCAUAACUUAGAGCAGCAGCUCGAUUCUGCUCUCAAGAACAUUCGAUCCAGAAGAGAAAAAGCAAUCCAAGAGCAAAAUGAUGUUCUAGCCAAGCAGAUCAAGGAGAAGGAGAAGGCAGUGGCAGUGGCAGAACAUCAGCAGCAGCCGCAGGCAUUCUGGACACACCAAAACCAUCAUGCUCCAAGCCCUUCGCAUUUCCUUCUCCCACAGCCACCACCACCACUCCCUUCCUUGAACAUUGGUGGAACUAGUUACCAUGAAGAUCAUCAUCAUCAUCAUCAUCACCACCAGCAGGGUCCAGAAGGCAGGACGAGCAGGAAUGACCUUGACCUCAGCCUGGAACCCAUUUACUCCUGCAACCUCGGCUGCUUUGCUGCCUGAAAAUAUUGCAGUUUCCAGUUUUUUCCAACAUCUAAGGGAGCUCACCUAUCAGACUCUCAGCCAUGAUGCACUCUUCAUGUGUAUACACACUGGCUAGCCAUGGCUGCUAAUUUUGGUUGGCUGAUUAGCUCUUAUGAAUUGCUAUUCACAUAUAUAAUGUUUUGGGUACGAAACCAUGAAUGGUGAACUUGUGUUUAUGUAUUAUAUAUAGUUUAUAAGCAUCUUGGUGAGGUGAAAGGAGACGCGUGGAAGGGACUGGAUUUUGAUAUAUUGCUCAUGAACUGGCUCUCUUACCCCACUUAUGGUGGUGUAUGAAAUGCAUAUUGUGGAUUUAGAGCUAUUUCCAGUUUCAUCUUUCAUUUUGGAGGUUCUGCUGGU